GAGUGGCGCCACUCGAAAAAGGAAAGAAAACCAGGUAACCCAAACUCCGCCGAGGGCGUUGGAGAAGUCGUAUGACACAGGUGGCCUUCGACACUGCCAAUCAAAAUCAUGGAUUUUCGAACUAAGUCGUUUAUGGAAAAUAUAAUAAGAGAAAAAGCUUCCCACCCAACACUCAUGAGUCGGAUAUUCCAAAAACAGUUAAUAUCGCGAUUAAAAAUGCACCAUUAUGAUGCACUCAGCUGUCAGCGAUCUCACAUCGGAUGUUUCUCAUUUUACCACAAAUUAAGUCAACCAUCGUUUAGGCGGUCACCGCGAAAGGGGAAACGUUGGCUGCAUAAUGUUUUUCUUUACUGUAACCAGGAUCUACACUUCUUCGGAGAAGCUCGUAUGUUUCAUCUUCAUGCGCUCUUUUAGGGGUGAUACAGUUACCAUCGAGCGAAGGUUAGAUCUCCUUGGAACGUAUCACAAAACUGUCUGCAUAAGAAAACAAAUGAUAUAUGCACCUGAGAGAAAAAGAUCAGAAAAGA